UAUCUCGAUGCAUCGUCGAAGAAGUAUCUUCUCUGCUGGAAGGUGGAUUGGUCUGACAGGUCGAUCACGUUCUCAGCCAAAGUCGCCACGACCGGAUGGCUAGGGCUCGGUUUCUCACCAACAGGCUUCAUGCCCAACUCUGAUGUGGUCAUCGGAUGGGUGAAAGACGGUCGAGGAUACUUGAAGGAUCGUUUUGCAACUGCGAGGUCACAGCCGUCAAUUGACGACAUCCAAAACGUCAAACUGUUGUCGUUCAGUGAAGCAGACGGGAUGACGACGCUGGAAUUCAAACGAGACCUCGACGCCUGCGAGCCCAGAGACAGAAGCAUUGAGGAAGGAACUACUCGUGUCAUCUUUGCCUACCAUCCUAGUGAUCCUGCUUCAGAAACUACUGUGGCCAAGCACUUGUUCGCUAGAAGAGUUAGCGUCAAUCUACUGAGCGGAACAGGGAACGUGGAAUCUGGACCUCUGGAGGACAAUUACCAGACAGUCGAUGUCUUGAAUAGAAAUGUGUCUGUGGCUGCUAGGCCGACUACCUAUUGGUGCACUCCAUUUAAACUGCCUGAACUGCAAGAGGAGGCUCACAUAAUUGGAGUUGAUCCGGUAGUGCAGGCAAACCACGAAGAGUUGGUGCAUCACAUAUUGAUCUACACGUGCCAUGCUGGACUUGAUCCUUUUUUGAAUACGUCGUGGGAUUGCCUUGAGCCACCCGAUUCUAUACCCUCGUCUAUUCAAGCAUGCCGUGUGACGGCACAAAUUGCAGCAUGGGCCAUUGGAGGAUUGGGUGUUUUCCUUCCCUCCCAAGUUGGGCUCCCUAUGAGCGGUCGGACGGGCGUUCAAUACGCCGUCAUGGAAACACAUUAUAACAACAAGGAAAGUAGAGCAGACUAUGUAGACAGUUCUGGUCUACAGAUCUUCUACACUCCGACCAAACGGCAGUAUGACGGAGCUGUCCUGGAAUUCGGUCACGUGCCAACUUGGUAUGGCGUGGAGUUCUUUUUGCCACCUGGCAGAGAUAACAUCAUCACAAAAAAUUUUUGUCCUGCAGCUUGCACUCAGGCGGGUCUGCCUCCAGAUGGAGUAAAUGUAUUUGCUACAGUGCUGCAUUCACACACUGCCGGAAAAAGCAUUUGGAUAGAGCAUAUUCGAAGCGGUGUGCAACUGCCUAAUAUUGACAGCAACUACAAUUACGACUUCAACUAUCAGGAUAUGGUGUUGCUGAGAAACGAAGUAAAACUUUUGCCUGGGGACGACGUCAAAGUAAUCUGUGAUUACGACACAACAGGAAGACAACAAGUGACUAUUGGUGGAUUAGGCGCUUUGGACGAAAUGUGUCUUGCCUUUCUUGUCGUAUAUCCCAAGCCAGAGCUUUCCUACUGUUUGAGCCAAAUUCCUGAAUCACAUUUUGAAACUUAUAUUCUAAACGCCACCAAGAUGGGCUACUUUACUGACAUGAGAAACAUCUCAGCAGAUCCACUAACGCAAUACAAGCAGUACAUUCAAAGCGUUGUCAGUAUGGAUUUCAGCACCGAAGCCGCAUACACGCUCUGGAAUCAACAAUACGUCUCUACUAAGGAAAGAGAGUACCAAUGUACUGGAACAUUUCAUAACAACCUGCUGGGAGCAGAAGAUUUCAAUUACACUGUGUUGCCUACGAUUACACAGCCUCUGACUGGUGCUCCCACAGCAACUGGAACACCUAAACCUUGUGUAGGUGUCGCCAUGGCAACAGAAUCUCUAUCUGAAUCUCCAACCAACUCAGCUAUUGAUUUUAAUUCCAACUCGAUUUGUGCUGUUUUCCUGUUUGUUGUUAUUAUGUUAAUAGACUGAGGACGAUAUAUACAGUUAAUUAAUUAAUUUGACGAGAAAUUCGUUUAUGUCUUGUCUUGUUGACGUGCAGCUCUAUAGUGCAGCUGCACUGUUUGUGAUUGUUGUGUUUGUUUGACGUGCUUGCUGAUGACGAAGGAAAGACGAAUUUGAAUAGGA